UGCUGUUCUCAUCUUUUUAGCGGCCGAAGCUAGGGUUGUCUUUUUAAUUUCCUACUUAAAUCCCGGCAUUCGAGGAGUUCGAAACGGAGUCGGAAUUAGGGCUUCCUUCGUUAUAUUUGGGAAUUCGAAACCAAGCUGAACUGGGAUUGGGACUCGAGGCUUUCGUCCGCCCCUCCUUGGGGGAAGAAAGAUCUUGCGGUCUCGAUUUCUUAUCCUGCGUGCGAUCUUGAAUCCUUUUGCUUCGCGCGAUUGGAGAGGCGGCGGCCGAAGGCCGACGGCGCCGGAGAUUUCUCAGUCUGUGUUGAUUUAAAUCUGUCUGUCUCUGUUUGCGUCUGCAUCUGCGCGCCUGUGUGCUUCGAUUCUGGUGGAGCUAAUGCGGUAGAAAGCCUUGUUUGGGGCGGAAUCUUUUAGCUCAGAGUAGCUCCGGAGGACGAAAACCAUGAAUGUCCCAAUUAUUGAUCCGUUGCAGGGGGAUUUCCCGGAAGUGAUAGAGGAGUAUUUGCAGCAUGGGAACAUGAAAUGUAUCGCCUUCAAUCGCAGAGGAACUCUUCUUGCUGCUGGUUGUGCUGAUGGGAGCUGUGUCAUAUGGGAUUUUGAAACUAGGGGAGUUGCUAAGGAGCUUCGGGACAAAGACUGUAUUGCCCCUAUAACUAGUGUCUGCUGGUCCAAGUAUGGUCACCAUAUACUAGCUUCUGCUACUGACAAGUCAUUAACACUUUGGAAUGUUGUUAAUGGGGAGAAGAUGGCUCGUGUGACUCUGCAGCAAACUACUCUUCAUGCACGUCUCCAUCCAGGGUCUUCUACUCCAUCAGUCUGCCUGGCUUGUCCCCUCUCUUCUGCACCUAUUCUUGUUGAUUUGAACACUGGCAGCUCCACUGUUCUGCCUGUUUCAGUGUCAGAUGCUGGAAAUGGCACUACUGCUCCCCAUCCGCGCAAUAAAUUUUCCGAUGGUUCUCCACCCUUCACUCCCACUGCAGCAACUUUUAAUAAGUAUGGGGAUCUAAUAUAUGUUGGGAACUCCAAAGGUGAGAUUCUCAUAGUAGACUCCAAGAACAUACGGGUACAUGCAAUAAUUCCUAUUUCUGGGGGUUCUGUAGUCAAGGAUAUCGUGUUUAGUAGGAGUGGACAGUAUCUGCUCACAAAUUCAAAUGACCGAGUCAUUAGAGUCUAUGAAAACCUUCUUCCUCAGAAAUUUGCAGCAAAUGAACUUGAAGCAAUGAGCAGCAAUGAUCAUGAAUUUCAAGGGAUUGAGAAGUUGAAAGUAGAUGGAUCUAAGUGCCUGCUCCUAUUUCGGGAGUUUCAGGAUGCAGUGACAAAGAUACAAUGGAAGGCUCCAUGUUUCAGUGGUGACGGUGAGUGGGUUAUUGGUGCUUCUGCCAGCAAAGGGGAGCAUAAAUUAUACAUAUGGGACAGGGCUGGGUAUCUUGUGAAGAUCCUAGAAGGACCUAAAGAGGCUCUUAUAGACCUUGCCUGGCAUCCUGUUCGCCCUUUGGUGGUCUCAGUUUCUGUUGCUGGUUUGGUGUAUAUUUGGGCCAAAGACUACACUGAAAACUGGAGCGCAUUUGCUCCUGACUUCAAGGAACUCGAGGAGAAUGAAGAAUACGUCGAAAGAGAGGAUGAAUUUGACUUGAUGCCUGAAUCGGAGAAGGCGAAAGAUUUGGACAUCAAUCAAGAUGAGGAAGUUGACAUUGUGACCAUGGAGAAAGAUUCAGCUUUUAGUGAUUCUGAAGCAUCACAGGAGGAGCUGUGUUUCUUGCCUGCUAUCCCUUUGCCAGAUGUUCCUGAACAAGACAAAUGCCUUGGAAGCUCAUCAAAGUUGGAGGAUAGCAAUCAUUCUGGCUCCCCAUUUUCAAUUGAAGCAGCACAGGAUGGUCAGGCUAUACUUCCUGCUUCAAGUCCAUUGGAAGUUGUGGGCAAUUCUACUGCAGAAGAGGCGGUGGAGACCUCGAGCUUAAAGAGGAAGAGGAAGCCAUCAGUGAAGGGGAUGGAGUUGCAGGCGGAGAAGGGCCGGAAACCGUCCACAAAAAUCAAGCCAUCGGGCAAAUCCUCAAAAUCCAAAAAUAAACAUGGGGAUGGGCUUGACACAAAUGGCUCUGUACUCGAGGAUGAUGUAACUGAUGAUUACCUAUAGACAAUUCUAAUUGAUUCCUUCCUUAUUUAUUUCUGGCA